AUGGCUCGACCGCCAGAGAUGAUAAAAUGUGGCUGGGAAAAUUGCGACAGUUGGUUUUCCACAGGAGUCGAUAUGAAUCAGCACGUACUGAUCAAUCAUAUAAAACAUAUGAAAAUUCAAUUUGGCGAUGUGGAUCAUGCGACGGUUGAACCGAAGAGAGACGUUGCAGAAACACCUCCUAAAACUCCUAAAAACAUAGAAGUACGACAAAUAACUCCUACCGUGUCGACUACACCAUUACGACAAUUCCCUCAUUCGACGAGUUGGGCGGUAUCGACACAUGACAGCAUUCAAACACUUCAACAUUUCCCUCCAAUCACAAAUUCUCUGAAGAAGUUAUUUCCUAAUCCUCAUAAUCCUGAUGCCCCGGUGGACCGAAAACCAAAUAGUUUACAAUUUUAUGAUGAUGAUGAGGAAAUCAUCAUUAAUGAGCAACCAAUGUCAGCCGUUUCAACGGUCGCUUCAGAAAUCAGCCAAGAACUAGAAGAAGGAACGAGUGGUAGAACGAAAAAACGACAAUAUGAUUAUGACGGGGAAGAAGAAGUUGAUAUGAACUUGGCGAAUAUGACACCAGAAAGAGCACCAGUUGGCGAAUCGUCGAAAAAAACGAAGAGAAUUGGGGAUAGGGUUGAUCAAAGUGGAGAUAAGAUACCAUGGGCACUGGCGAGAUCUGCUUCCCAUAUUCCCCAACCAGAAAUACGCUUGUGUACUUCAUUUACUACCGUCGGUGAAAUGGCGAGAGCAAUAGGAGACGAGCUUACCGUUCGGAAAACACUUCGAAAGAAGAAUCAAUCGAACGGAAACUAUUGUGUCGUUUGCCUGGAUUAUAGGAAAGAUAAUGGAUUCUGUGAUUAUAUGCACAACAAUCAACACGAGCAGUUCAUUCAAUUCUAUCAUACUCUCUACAAAAACGAGCGUGUGUCCAAACAAACUCUGCUACAAUAUCUCACUGAAAUGCAACUUCUUCGAGAUCCUCUUCCAGAAUUGUCGACGUCUCUGAAAGAUAUGCCGCCGAAAAUAAUUACUGGACGAGAACUCAACUCUCAAAUAAUAAAUAUGACGAACACAGAAAAAGUUCUCUGGUAUGCUGAAGCAGUUAUUGCGCAGAAGAAAAAAGAACAAUGGACUGAGAAAACCAUUAAACGUGUAUCAGAUCUGAAACCGCGCAUUUUUAAAAGUGUGAUCGACCAUCGUUCAUAUGUUCCAUAUACUCCAUACAGUCCACGAAAGCGUGUCACGCCACUGCCACCAUCCAACCAUAAAUAUCUUCAUCAGCCUCAUCAACAUCAAAUGCAAUCAGACCUCGCUGUCCAUUCAGAGCCAAGAGCAAAACAUGUUCAGAUGUUUAAUAUGUGA